AUGAAAAAUAUUAUUAUUCUUUUCACAAUUUUCGCAUUUUCAGCUUUGGCAUAUGGACAAUAUACUGAUAGUUUUGUAAAUUUGGUUCCAUAUUACCAACUUUAUGGAUAUGCUGCACCAGCCAUUGGAGGAUGUAUUAAGGACUUUGACAACGGUGUCUCAUAUAGUUUCAACCAAGGUGCUUCCGAAGACGAAUUUUUAAUCUUCACUCAUCAAUACGCCACCUCUUGCAUGACCAAUAUCAUCAACGAAACCAAGAUUACAAAUGGUGAAGAUUUCCACUUGGCCAAGAGUGGUAUUGCUUUCAAUUUCAAGGUUAGCCAAGGAAACUAUUUGAACUCUAUCAGCGAUAGUAUGACCAUCACCUACUACUACGAUUCCGAUUGUUCAGGUACCCCAUUGUCAUACCUAUUCAUUCAAAAUAAUUAUUUCGAUAUCUACUUGGGUUACUCUUUCUAUUGCCUACAAUCCGGCCCAGUCAUCGAGAACAACUGUAACAUUGGCAAUGAAAUUUUUAAUAAUAAUAAUAUUAAUAAAAGAUAA